GCAACUGAAGUGUCCACCAUUUACAGAAUGCAGUGUACAAGUUGCUGAUACAUCAUACUGAAUUCUUGACACUAAAGACUGAACCGUGUAUAGUUGAUAUAACAUUACUUGAUGCGUCUAUACUCCCAGCGCCUUUUAUCUUCCACGUCAAAAGCUCGUCUCUCAAUCCAAAGGUUGGUGUUUUUUAUAUACGUAUUCGCCGCUGAUGUGGGUCGUUCAUAUGGGAGCUCGCGUUAUUUCUGACAGCACCUGAAGGCAACAGACCCUCCGCUAAGCUAGUAUAUAGAGACGCCUUCAUCCUAAGGACUGGACGGCAGCGUUUCAAAGGUGACAUUCGAGGGUUUGUUUUGUGUUCGCUGGACAAAAUGCUUAACUCGCAGAGGUCCCUGUCUGAGCUGCCCAAGAUGUCGGCUGCCAGUCAGGUGGAGAGAGCUGUGUUGGAGGAGGAAUUCAACUGGCUGCUUAAAGAAGAAGUGCACGCUGUCCUCAAGCAGCUCCAGGAUGUCCUCAAGGAGGCAUCAAGACGUUUCUCCAUGCCGACACCAGGUCUGGAGAGUCAGCUCAAACAGGAGAACUUCAUCCUCGGCAGCUCAACCAUGGAUCAAGUGAAGGGGGUGCUGACUCUGCAGGGCGAGGCUCUGACUCAGGCUGAUAUAAACCUGAAGGUUGCAAAGAACAACCAAGCGCUGCACUUUCAGUUCAGAGAGGACAAGCAGUGGAAACUGCAGCAGAUCCAAGAUGCUAGGAAUCAUGUGACCCAGGCUCUGCAGCUGCUGAGCAGCCAUGAUGACAGCUACCACUUCAAGACGGGGGCUGAGGUUAAUAAGCUGAUGGAUGCUGUGAUGCUGCAGCUGACGCGAGCACGGAACCGCCUCACCACUCCGGCCUCCAUGACGCUUCCUGAGCUGGCCACCAGUGGUCUGAUGAAGAUGUUCACUCCUCCCAUGCCAGGAGAUGUCAUGGUGAACUUUUACAUCAACCUAAGCAAACUGUGUCUGACUGUGUACCAGCUUCAUGUGCUGCCUCCCAACACCACCAAGAAUUUCAAGACAGCUGGAAGCUCUGUGUUGCACAACCCAGGAGCAAUGUUUGAGCUCAACAACAACCGGUUUGAAGUGAGCCACGUUCACAAGGUAGAGUGUGUGGUGCCUUGGCUAAAUGAUACGCUGGUAUUCUUCACCAUCUCCCUGCAGCUCUGUCAGCAGCUCAAGGACAAGAUAUCUGUCUUCUCCAGUUUCUGGAACUACAGACCUUUCUAAUCCGCCUCCUGUCCACCCUCCAGAGACCGCUCAGCCCGAAACUAACCUAACUAAGUGUAAGGGACAUCCUUGAAAGGCUUUUAUUUUUUUAUAUAUUUAUCAUCCAGUCAUUCACUUCCAAGUGUUGCAAGAUUAGCUGAGGGAGCCAAUCAAAGCCCAACAAAUAUCAAUGUUUGCCAUUCACAGUCGCGUUAGCCCAGCCGACUGAUGUUUUUCUGAUACACAUGUAUUGCAUUUCCCAGCACUGACUUGAAGAUAACAGUGGAUGAAUGUUGCUGGUUUGUUAUUAGAAUUUUUGUGUUGUUACAUUCAAGAAACAUAGUACAUGUUGAGUAGUCAUCUGGUUCUUAUCCCAACGUCUGGUGAACUGUCAUGUUGUUUGGAACACUAAUAUGUGCACUCAGGGUUGAAAGACAGAGCAGCACUAAGAGCUCACAGUGGGAGGAUUUUUUCUGGAGUACUUGAGUUCCUUCACAGCAGUUUCUAAGUUUCCUCAUUUGUUUGCCCCCGCAGAAUAUGCUUUGUUUCUCUCAGGCUCCAGAGGAUCACCUAGUUUAACAUGUCAAAUUUGGAUUUGUAUUCAUGGUUAGCACUACUAAGAUGGUGUAUAGUGUUGUCUGGAGGAGCUUUGAGAAGUCUGCAGCCUUGGGGGAUUUUCAAACCUAUAUACAAAUCCAAGGAAGUACCAGAGGGUGGCAUCUCCAUACUGUAUAUCUGUGUUUGAAGGCAGCUGUCAUAAAAUGUUCUACUUUUUUAAGAAAUGUCUAGGAAAUUUAAAAAAUGUGUUCAGUUCUCAGCAGCUCCAACAGUAGUGAAAACUGCAGCCUUGGGGGGAAAAAAACCUGAAUGCAAAGUAAACAAACAGGAAGGGUGGCCCUGUCUGAGACUGACACUUCACUUGAUUCACUGAUUGUGCAGAAGACCAGUGUGUUCGCCAAAGUAUAAUUAUGAUGCCUGAUAUGGAUUUUUUUUUUUUCAUGCAUGGGAUUGAAGUGGCCAUUUGCUUGGAACAUAGGUGCAACAAAAAUUAAAGAGUUGCAUUUUGGGAUUGGUUACGCUCCAGGGUUUUCUGGACUUGACCCAAAAUAGGAAUUAAAGUCAGGAUAUCUUGUAAACAUUCUUAUUAUUUAUUUAAUAUAAGUCCGAUUUAUGGAAGGACAAUAGAAAAACCCAGGAGCAAUCUUUGAAUCUCAGUACAUCCAGCUGUGCUAAUGAAACCGUCCACAGUGUUGUGUCUGCUCAUGUUCUCCUGGAUGACACUAAGCAUUUCUUAUCAAAAUGGCUCCCUUACUCAGAGGAUUUGUUUCAGUUUCAUUAAUUCCUUCAUUUGUCUUAUGAGACUGGUUUUAAGGCCCAGCUUAAACAGCAGAGUGUUGCGCAUGCAGAGUAUAAUUUUGCCAGGCGGGAAAAAACCAACGUCUUAGCUGUGAGGGGAUGCAAUCGUACGAGGAGAACAUUUCCCACUGUGAUCUCUUAGGGAAUACAAAUAUGUUGGUUUGAAGAAAGUAUGUUUUCUCAUUCACUGACAGUAUGGUAGGAUGUGUUUGUGGCCCAGACCCCAAUGUCUGCCCUAUCACACAUCGCUCAUCGCUUUAUCCAGGUCACAUGACGCGAUCUGCUCUACGUCCAGCGCCACUUGUGCGAUCACUACACUGAUUUUAGCAUUGGAGUCGAAACCAGUGCAGCACAACCACAUAUCUUCAUUUAUUCCACACAUUCCAUUGCUUUGAUUUAAAAAAAAAUAAAUAAAUAAAAAAACCUGGCAGCUACAUUACCCACAAUUCAACUUAACAGUGACAGUUGGGUGGGAGACUGGAGUGUGUCAUCUGAGUAGUAGCUAAGAGGAGCACAGCUCUGUCUAGGGGCACAAAAGGGUUUAUGCUACUUUUUGUCACAGAUGCAGUAGUUCUCCAAACACCUGGAAACAGUCUUAUGUUGAACACAUCAGUCUGAGGCUCAGGCUCUGGAUCACAUCAUGUGGGACGGAUGGUUGAGAUGAGGAAAGAUUAUCAGGUUUAUAACUUGCAAGCAUUCAUGUCAUCAAUUUCAUGUUCACGUUAAAUGAUUCCAGAGUUGGUCAUAUGUGAAAUAAAAACACUGCAUUAACAGUAUAACACCAUUACCAUUAUAUUACAUCAAACUGGGUUUAAUAAUAUUAAGCUACAGUUUGUAUCUUUUUUGGUUUCAGGCAGAACUGGACACUGGCCAUUACAAUAACUCCUAAUUGACAUUAACGUGGCAUUAGGUGAGACUUUGGAUCUGGGCCAGUGCUUUGUUUUAGUUGUUCAUUGCCCCAUGUGGUGGAAAUGACAUGACUCACAUUCCCUGUUUGUCACUACACAGAUAUGUCUAAAUGAUAAGCUACGUGUCCUGUCUCUUGAUGUAAUCUUUGAUCUGUCUGCUCCGUGUUCAUAUUUAUUUUACACGUUUUGCACAUGCGUUGAUUCCCUGUGAACCAAACACUUAUCCAAUCAUGAACAAAUGACUUAAUUCCAGUAAGUGUUAAUCUACUUUAAAAAGCUGCCUAUCAUUUAAAAUGUGGAAAUUAUUUAUCUGAUAUCUGUGCAAUAAAAAAAAAUGUGAUUAUAA